AUGACUUCACCCAACACACUCACACCUAGCUCACCCAGCUCACCCCAGAAAAGCCCCGCAAGCACCGUUGCUGGUAUUGUCGAUAGUGAGGAUGGCGGCAGGGAAAUACCGGUGAGUGUACGCAGUGAUGGAAGCGUCAGGAAACAGAUCAAAAUUAGGCCGGGGUUUAGACCAGUCGAGGAUGUCGAGAGAUAUCGACCGCCUCAGAGCCGGCUGAGAGCUGCAUCGGGGAGUGCGACACCCACACCCAAGAAGAAUAGCAGUGACAGUGGCGAUGGUGAUAAGAGUUUGAGUGCUGGUGAUGAGACUGAGAGGCGUAGUCACGCAGCACAGAAAUCACCCACAACCACUCACUCAGACGACGAUGAGCUAACAUCCAAGCUUUCUAGUCUCCGAAUUGGUUCAAAGACAUCCAAGUACGCGUCUGCUGAGCCAAUUCAGACCCAGGAAAGUAGCGGGCGAGGACGUGGGCGCGGCAGAGCCCGAGGCAGAAGCAAGGGCAAUGGCGGGAAUAUAAAGCGCACCGAUAACACAUGA